CGCGGAGCAGUGAGGUGGGCCUGCAGCAUGUGCGCGCACGUCCGCGGCCGCUAGCUGCACACACACUCCACAGCCGGGGCCGCCCAAGAUGUCCUAACAUGGGGACGACAUCGUGGCUGCUGCACGCGGCCGCCAUCUUGCUGUCCCUGUCCCUCGUCACCGGCAGCACGGAAAUAUUCGAUGACUUCAGCGAUGGGAAGUCAGAUAAAGAAAUCCUGGAUGAGCUGCUCAGGAAAGAACGCUACGACAAGAGGCUGCGGCCUCCUGUACCAGAUGCGGACUUCUGCUGCGGGAUGAGGAAGCCUUCGGACCCGCGGGUCGCCGGCACGUCCCCCACGCAGCACAGUGGCAAGCUCCUGGUCAACGUCAGUGUCUUGCUCCUCAGCCUCGCCUCGCCGGACGAGUCGAGUCUGAAAUAUGAGGUGGAGUUCCUGUUGGAGCAGCAGUGGUACGACCCACGCCUGCGCUACUCCAACCACAGCAACUUCGAAUUCCUCAACGCCAUCCACCACAAUGAGGAAGUCUGGUUGCCCGACACGUAUUUCAUAAUGCACGGCGACUUCAAAGACCCCCUCAUUCCCGUCCACUUUGCUCUCCGCAUCUACCGCAAUGGCACUGUCGUCUAUCUUAUGAGGCGUCAUCUCAUUCUCUCGUGCCAAGGCAGUCUGCACAUCUUUCCCUUCGAUGACCCACUUUGUUCCUUUGCGAUGGAAAGCAUAUCAUACGAGCAGAAAUACAUUACGUAUGUGUGGAAAAACAGUGAGGAGACAUUGCGAAAGUCUCCCAGUCUGACCACCCUUAAUGCGUAUCUCAUCAAGAAUGCAACCACUGAAUGCGAGAAGAAGUCCAUCUGGAGAGGUAACUACAGUUGUUUGAAGGUGGAUCUGAGCUUCACUCGUGAUCGUGCCUUCUACUUCACGACAGUGUUCAUACCGGGCAUUAUCCUUGUUACCUCUUCUUUCAUUACCUUUUGGCUCGAGUGGAAUGCAGUUCCUGCAAGAGUCAUGAUUGGUGUAACAACAAUGCUCAACUUCUUCACAACAUCAAACGGGUUCCGAUCGACUCUCCCUGUUGUGUCAAAUCUGACAGCAAUGAAUGUUUGGGAUGGAGUGUGCAUGUGCUUCAUCUACGCGAGUCUGCUGGAGUUUGUGUGCGUGAACUACGUGGGACGCAAACGACCACUGCACAAUGUUGUGUACCGCCCGGGUGAAAACCCUGUAACCCAGCGACUGCCAGCAGUUCUCAGCCGAAUUGGCAUAAUUAUGGCCACUCCGCUGGGUGACAAAAACAAAAGGGACACAUCAGCUCCCAACGAAAUAGUCACCUGCACCAACUGUGGCCCCAACCCGUGCACACAUUCUGCCAACAAUGGCUGUGCUACUGAGGUCCGCAAAAAGGAACCACCUCAUCCCAUCAGAGUGGCGAAAACAAUAGACGUGAUUGCGAGGGUGACCUUCCCCAUUGCAUAUGCAAUAUUUCUCAUAUUUUUCUUUGUACAUUACAAAGGGUUCUCCAAUAGUUCAGAAUAAGCUAGACUGCCAGUUUGGAAACCGUGUGUUCUAUAAGAUGCUGUUGCAGCAGCAACAACAACACCAGUGCUUUGGCAGGUAAUGGCUAAUGAGUGCUGAGCUGAAGAGUAUAAUUAAUUGGUGCUUUUGGGAAAAAAAUUGUACCCUGAAGUUUUAUUCUAUUGCUUCUCUGUGAAGUGAUCAGAGCCUCUUCUUCUUUUUUGUUGUUAAUGGACACAACAGCUACAAGAAUUGCGAUUCUGAUUUUGAAGAUGGUGGGUGACUACUGAGACGCUUGGUCGCUAUCGUAGUAACUGCUGAGUCUCGCGAGAAACAUUUCAUCUUAGGGAAGUCUGUGUAAAUGACUGUUAGAUAUGUGCUCAGUGGCUUGCCUGAUGAACCGAUUGUAAACUUAACUGCCAACUAUAAUGAGACUUAUUCUGACUUGUGGUUAGCUUCAUUACAAGAAGAAAGAAACCUAAUAGGGUCACCGUAUUUCCAACUCUUAAAAUCUGGUUGUGAGUGACACAGUUCUAUCAUUGUUGCAGGAUUGUUUUGUCUGCAGAAUGUGGUGUACAUCAAAUCACACAUUUUCUCCACUGACAUGGUGGGUUUUGUAGCUAUUUUUAUCAUUAGUGUUAUUGUUGAAUGACAUUUAUGACAUGUUGAUUUUUUAAA